UCCGGGACAUUUUGGCGAGAUGGUCAUGGCCGAGAGUACUGUCGUGUUGAGGAGAAACCGUCCAGGGACCAAGGCGAAGGACUUCUACAACUGGCCUGAUGAGUCUUUUGAGGAGAUGGACAGCACACUGGCUGUGCAACAGUACAUCCAACAGAACAUCCGUUUGGACUGCGCCAACAUCGAGGGCAUUCUAGAACCUCCAGAGGGGCAGGACGAGGGCGUGUGGAAAUAUGAACACCUGAGGCAGUUUUGUCUGGAGCUGAAUGGACUUGCGGUUAAGCUUCAGGUGGAGUGCCAUCCAGACACGUGUACCCAGAUGACGGCUACAGAGCAGUGGAUCUUCCUCUGUGCAGCACACAAGACACCCAAAGAGUGUCCUGCCGUAGACUACACCAGACACACUCUGGACGGGGCUGCCUGCCUGCUCAACAGCAACAAGUACUUCCCCAGCCGUGUGAGCAUUAAGGAGUCCUCAGUGGCUAAGCUGGGCUCCGUGUGCCGGCGUAUCUACCGCAUAUUCUCCCAUGCUUACUUCCACCAUCGCCAGAUAUUCGACAACUACGAGAGCGAGACCUUCCUGUGUCAUCGGUUCACGCGGUUCGUGACCAAGUACAGCCUGAUGUCCAAGGACAACCUGAUUGUCCCCAUCAUGGAGGACGGAGAGGAGGAUGAGGAGGGAGGUGGAGAAGAGGGAGCGGAGGAGGGAGGAGAGGAGGAGGGGAGGGGCGCAGAGACGGAGGACAGCGAAGCCUGAUGAGGAGAGGAGAGGAGAGGAGAGGAGGAGAUAAGCUUGAGGAGACAUUCAACACACACGCACACAUGCACACACAUGUACACAGACACGCUGGAAGGCUUCAACGCACAAUUAAUUACACAGACACACACAUGAACAUGAACAGACACACACUUACAUAAAUGUGAGCACAGCACAUACAGUACAAUUACACACACACACACACACACACUGCCAAUGCCACGUACCUCAGCUAGGUUUACAACACACACACACACACACGCACGAACACACACCUAUUCACACACACACACACACAGCCAAUGCCAUGUACCUCAGCUAGGUUUACAUCACGCAUGCACAUCACGCACAUACACACGUACGCAUGCACACAAACCCACACACACACACCUAUACCCACACACACACACCUAUACAUUCAUGCACACAACACCAUACAUACACAAGCACACACACACUCCUAUACACUCCUACACACACACACACACACACACACACUCACACACACACUGCUGUUACGUACACUACACGGGUCUAUCUUGGCCUGAAGGGUUUAGGAGAGCUGUGUUCCGUGGUGCCAAACUAGAGCUAGCUAUUUCUUAACGGUAGAGUUUUAAAAAGCACAAGCACACACACUCGCAAUCUCACUCACGCACUUACACACACGCACACACACACACACACACACACACACACACGCACACACACACACACACACACACACACCUCUAGAACGGGUUAGCAUUAGCAACAUGACAUCACUGCAUCUACAGCUCUGAGGAGUCUGUUACUGGGCGGACUGCACUGCCACGCACGCACGCACACACACACACACACACACACACACACACACACACACACACACACACACACACACACACACACACACACACACACACACACACACACACACACACACACACACAGCUGUGCUCAUGUGAGGAGGUUUUAUAGAUUCUGCACUUGCCAAUAACACUACCGUAGUCACGUUCAUGUGAGUGCGUGUGUGUGUGAGAGAAGAGCUCUCUUUUUCGGACGCUAGAAUGAGUUCCAAUCAAACGGUGGGCUGGUCAGAAGACCUGGAGUGGAUGUUUUGUUAAGUAGCUGGGUUCUCGUUACAGAAACCUCCUAGCCCUGAAAUUGUAAAGGUAGAGUAUACAUGGGUUUUUUUCUGUUUAUAAACAUGGUUUUGUGAGGAGGGGCAAGAUACUGGCAGCCAACCACGUGAGCUAAUUUUUUUGACCAACAGCGGUUUCCAACAAUCAAGAGGUUGAGUUAUGCGCAGCCAGGGUAAAACAAAAAGGAAAACCCAUGUAUUCAUGUUUUGUAGUCUUUAGUAAUGUUUUUUUUUAUAGAGUUCAUGCCACCUGUUCAGAAAUGCAAUCUUUUGCAUGAAUAUUUACCCCUCACCAAUUUCAAAGUAUUUCUCAUGACUUGGAAACUUAACGCUUUGACAGGACUAGUUGGAUCUUCUCCAUGUCUGUCAUUUUGAAUUGCCCAUCAUGGACAUGCUUUUGGCUCCAAAACUUAAGUCUACUUUGGGCAGACCAGUAAAUACUAGUUAAUUACUGUGUAAAUAUUCAUGGAAAUAUCAAGUUUUGGAAUGGGCAGCAUAUAUUUGGAAAAUAAACGACUAAUUAAAAUGGCAUGCUCUUUACUCAUACCUUUAAGAAACGAUUUCAGAGCUUGGCAGUUUCCAUAAUGAGGACCCUGGAUUGUUAUUAAAACCAGUGCUGGAUCUCAAAUGGUGCACUUGUACACUUUGGGCACUAUGUUUCAGCGCUUAACGAAUACACCAUAUACGCACUGAAACAUGAACAGCACAAUUGCACCAUUUGAGAUGCAGCCUAGGAGUGAAUCUUUGUUCAGUUGGCUAGCUGGAAGACCAGUAGUAGAGUUGAUAAUAUUCUGACCUGGAUGUUUAGUAAAGAGAGAGAGUCCAGUCCAUCAUGUCCAUUCCGUCUGCUCUUGAGAUCAUUCUGUACAGUACGGCAUCACUGCUGGGCAUGUUGGUUUGGGUAAACGUUUAUUAUUCUCGUUUAUUUAAAUUAUUGUUUGUUUCUUACAGGGAAGAGGACUGUUGUACAUUAAUAAAAUCUGUUUUGUAUUGUUGGUUAAAAAAAAAUACUUUGGCAUUUGUAUGUAAAAUAAAAUUACUAUUGAAAUUA